AUGGUCUUGGACUUUCGAAAUGAGAAAAUUGAUCCCCUAGUCCUUAAAACCCAAUGGGAGUGGUGUCGUGGACGAGCAAGAGAUUCUGGAGGCAAGAAAGAAACUAUUGCACUUCCGGGGACUGGCGCCGAAGGACAGGCAGGAUGCGGGCGGUCGGGCAAUAAUCAUGCCGAUUCUUGA